CGGGCCACACUGCCCGGACUUUCCGUGAGGAGCUCUCGUUCUCGCCGGAGUCGCCGGGAAUCGUAGUCCGGCUCGCGGGGGCCGCCGGGAGCUGUAGUCCGUCCCACCUGCCCAGUCAGCGCGGUGCCGCCCGUCCUGCGCUCUCGGAGCCCGGAGCCGCCGCCCGGGGGGAUGCGGGAGCCCCCGGUUUGGGGGAACAGAGAGGCAGGCGGGCAGGAGCCGAGGACGGCAUGUCCCAGGCCCCAGGAGCUCAGCCAAGCCCGCCCUCCGUGUACCACGAACGGCAACGCCUGGAGCUCUGUGCCGUGCAUGCCCUCAACAACGUCCUGCAGCAGCAGCUCUUCAGCCAGGAGGCUGCCGAUGAGAUCUGCAAGAGGUUGGCCCCAGACUCCCGGCUGAACCCCCAUCGCAGCCUCCUGGGCACUGGCAACUAUGACGUCAACGUGAUCAUGGCUGCCCUGCAGGGGCAGGGCCUGGCUGCCGUGUGGUGGGACCGAAGGAGGCCCCUGUCCCAGCUGGCGCUGCCCAAGGUGCUGGGACUUAUCCUGAACCUGCCCUCGCCGGUCUCGCUGGGGCUGCUGUCCCUGCCCCUGCGCCGGCGGCACUGGGUGGCCCUGCGCCAGGUGGACGGCGUCUACUACAACCUGGACUCCAAGCUGCGGGCGCCUGAGGUGCUGGGCGACGAGGAUGGCGUCAGGGCCUUCCUGGCGGCCGCACUGGCUCAGGGCUUGUGCGAGGUGUUGCUGGUAGUAACCAAGGAGGUGGAGGAGCAGGGCUCCUGGCUGCAGGCAGACUGACCCCAAGAGGAGGGGCCCACGGCUGCCCGUCUGGAGCGGCUCCCACGACCACAUUAGCCUUCCGAGCAAGCACUGGGGCCUGGGCAGGACACCUCGUGGACCCAGCGGAGGCCCCGCCCCCUGCCCCGUACGCCCCGCCCCCUGCCCGGCCUCCUGCCGCUGCUGCCUCAAUAAACUCGGUAAUUUGCUCCCA